GGGGCUCAGGGAUGCGGAGCCCGGGCGUAUGGUGGCUGCUGAGCCGGGCGUGCCUGCUGCUGCUGCCGCCCUGCGCCCUGGUGCUGGCCCGGGUGCCGGGCUCCUCUUCCCACCCGCAGCCCUGCCAGAUCCUCAAGCGGAUCGGCCACACGGUGCGGAUCGGGGCCACGCACCUGCAGCCCUGCCUGAACCGGGCGCGCGGGCUGCUGCCCUAUAACCUGUCCCUGGAGGUGGUGAUGGCCAUCGAGGCGGGCCUGGGGGACCUGCCGCUCCUCCCCUUCUCGUCUCCCAGCUCGGCCUGGAGCAGCGACCCCGUCUCCUUCCUGCACAGCCUCUGCCACACCGUGGUGGUGCAGGGGGUCUCGGCCAUCCUGGCCUUCCCGCAGAGCCGCGGCGAGGUGCUGGAGCUGGACUUCGUCGCCUCGGCCCUGCGUAUCCCGGUGCUCAGCGUCGUGCUGCACGAGUUCCCCAGGAAGAGCCAGAAUCCCCUUCAUCUACAACUGAGUUUAGAAAAUUCAUUGAGUUCUGAUGCGGACGUCACUUUCUCAAUCCUUGAAAUGAACAACUGGUACAAUUUCAGUUUGAUGUUAUGCCAGGAGGAAUGGAACAUCACAGAUUUUCUCUUCCUCACACAACAGAGCUCCAAGUUCCACCUAGGAACCAUUAUAAACAUCACAGCAAACCUCACAUCAACUAGUGACCUUUUGAACUACUUACAAUUUCACCUGGAGAACAUUAAAGACACAACAUCAACCAUGGUUAUGUUUGGCUGCGACAUGGAAAGAACAAGGAAGAUUUUUGAAAUAACCACUCGGUUUGGCGUGAUGCCUCCAGAAUUUCACUGGAUUCUUGGGAAUUCACAGAAUGUGGAAGAACUGAGGACAGAAGGUUUACCGUUAGGUCUCAUAGCUCAUGGCAAAACAACACAGUCAGUUUUUGAGCACUAUGUACAGGAUGCAAUGGAACUAAUAGCAAGGGCUGUAGGAACAGCUACUUUGAUCCAACCAGAAUUAGCACUUAUUCCAAGUACGACAAAUUGCAUGGACACGGCAGAGAAAAACAUCACUUCAGGGCAGUAUUUAGCAAAGUUUUUAGCCAACACAACCUUUGAUGGUCUCAGUGGCCACAUUAGUGUGAAAGGUUCUUCCAUUGUAAGCUCAGAAAACAAUUUCUUCAUUUGGAAUCUGCAGCACGAUCCUAUUGGGAACCCAAUGUGGACUCGUCUGGGGAGCUGGCAAGAAGGAAAGAUUAUCAUGGAUUAUGGAAUAUGGCCAGAGCAAGCCCAGAGACAUAAAAACCACAACCAGCAUCCUACCAGGCUGCACCUAAGAGUGGUUACUCUCAUUGAACACCCAUUUGUCUUCACAAGAAAUGUGGAUGAUGAGGGGUUAUGCCCAGCAGGACAGCUCUGCCUGGAUCCUCUGACCAAUGAUUCAGCUGUCCUGGAUAGCCUCUUUGAAACCCUUCAAGGAGGCAAUGACACUGUGCCUAUUGAGUUCAAGAAAUGCUGCUAUGGCUACUGCAUCGACCUGCUGGAGAAGUUGGCUGAGGAUAUGAACUUUGAUUUUGACUUGUACAUUGUUGGAGAUGGGAAGUAUGGAGCCUGGAAAAAUGACCACUGGACAGGGCUUGUGGGUGACCUUCUGGCUGGGACAGCCCAUAUGGCAGUAACAUCAUUCAGCAUCAACACAGCUCGCAGCCAAGUGAUUGACUUCACCAGCCCUUUCUUUUCAACCAGCUUGGGCAUCCUAGUGAGGACUAGAGACACAGCAGCCCCCAUUGGAGCCUUUAUGUGGCCACUCCACUGGACCAUGUGGCUGGGAAUAUUUGUCGCUCUCCACAUCACAGCAAUAUUCCUCACCUUAUACGAAUGGAAAAGCCCCUUUGGGAUGACCCCUAAGGGAAGAAAUAGAAAUAAAGUGUUCUCCUUUUCCUCUGCCCUGAAUGUUUGUUAUGCAAUAUUGUUUGGCAGAACAUCUGCCAUCAAACCUCCCAAGUGCUGGACGGGAAGGUUUUUAAUGAAUCUCUGGGCUAUUUUUUGUUUGUUCUGUUUGUCAACCUACACGGCUAACCUGGCAGCUGUCAUGGUAGGAGAGAAAAUCUAUGAAGAGCUUUCUGGAAUACAUGACCCCAAGCUUCACCAUCCAUCCCAGGGAUUUCGCUUUGGAACAGUACGAGAAAGCAGUGCAGAAGAUUAUGUCAGGCAAAGCUUCCCAGAGAUGCACGAGUACAUGAGACGGUACAAUGUACCUGCGACCCCAGAUGGAGUAUUGAACCUAAAGAAUGAUCCAGAGAAACUUGAUGCCUUCAUCAUGGAUAAAGCGCUCCUAGAUUAUGAAGUGUCAAUAGAUGCUGACUGCAAACUUUUGACUGUGGGGAAACCAUUUGCCAUCGAAGGAUAUGGGAUUGGCCUUCCUCCAAACUCUCCACUGACCUCAAAUAUAUCUGAGCUGAUAAGCCAGUACAAGUCCCAUGGCUUCAUGGAUGUGCUACAUGACAAGUGGUACAAGGUAGUACCAUGUGGAAAAAGGAGUUUUGCUGUCACUGAGACCCUGCAAAUGGGCAUCAAGCACUUUUCUGGACUCUUCGUGAUGUUAUGCAUUGGUUUUGGCUUGUCCAUUCUCACCACCAUUGGAGAACAUAUAGUAUACAGGCUGGUCCUACCACGAAUCAAAAAGAAAUCCAAGAUGAAGUACUGGCUCCAUACAAGCCAGAGAUUACAUCGUGCGCUGAACAGUUCAUUUAUUGAAGAAAAACAUGAGCCCAAGACAAAACGAGUAGAAAAGAGGUCCAAUGCAGGGAACAGUCAGCACUCAGUGUGGAAUACAGCUAACCCUGGCAGUUGCCACCGGCGGAAAUACAUCUACACAGACGAAGGGCAAAACGAGGUGACCACCCGGCAGCACCAGGACAUACCUCUGCCCCAAAUGCGGAGAGAGACUCCUACUUCCCUGACUACCAACGGGAAAGCAGACUCCCUUAAUAUUGCUAGGACCUCAGUGAUCCAAGAGCUCACAGAGUUGGAGAAGCAGAUUCAAGUGAUCAAACAGGAGCUGCAGCUAGCCAUGAACAGGAAAAAUGAGCUGGAAGAGUAUCAGAGGACAAAUAGGACUGCAGAGCCCUAGGCCCCCAGGCCCCUUGUACAAUUUACAAUGCACUCUUGUAAUGUCAGAAAGAGGCAUGGUGAUAAAGUGAGAGAUAUGUCCUCUGUCUUACUGCAAGGCAGAAUGACAGCAGCUGCAGCAAAGACCUUGCUUCUGGCUCCUUGGCCUUGCCAGAGGAUGAAGUUCUCACUCUUUCUGUGAGCAGCACUUGGCUGUUCUGAAAGGUGGCCUUGGACCUGGGAAACUGCGAGCGUCCAGACCACACUGUUCCCAUCUCCUUCUCACAACACAAAAACAAAGUUUCCACUUUUUAGCCCUUUCUGUGCAUUCAUUAAAAAAAGAAAAGAAAUCUACACUGA